AUGGUGAAAUUUGUGGUACAACGAAGCACUGUAAAUGGACGAAUCGGAAAAAUUUUUUGCUGGGGUAAUGUAAAAAUAGAGCAUGAAACACCAUCAUGCAUGAUGUAUACACGUGCUGGUCAUAUUCCUCAUUUGACGUGGGAUGUAGUUGCUGUACAUCUAAAAUACCGACAGUCACCUAUUUAUCAACUGACUCUUCCUUCACUUUUUGAAGCCUUGCCAGUUAUAGAAAAAUCUGGUGGAGGAAUUGCUCGAUUCGCUUCUAUGCCAGAAGGUGCACCAACUCAUUUGACGUUAACGGAUCCUUUGAUGGAACGAAACAUGAAAUUCAACAACGGUGGAAAUAUUGCAAUAUGGACAAAAGGGGGACGACGAAAUUUAUGUUUCUUUUUACUUAGACCAUGA